UGGCUCGCGUUCGUGUUUGCGACUUUUAUCCAAGAUCCGGGCCGUGCACGAAUAUUCGCGUGUUAAUAUACUGGCGAGUGUGUACUAUUUUUGUCAAUGAAAUGAUUUUGAUGGUUACAUUUUAUUUGAUUAAUUGUUAUAGCGCCAAUAAAAGUGCAUAAAAAGGUCAUUGACAAUCAGAGUUCAGAAGACUCCAGAGGUUGAUCAUUCGUUUAACAAUGCGAAAUGAUUCUUGGUCAGAUUUCAACAGGAGGUCAACAACAGGGCUGAAGGACAAGAUUGUCCUUACAUCAAAAAGUCGUUUGGAUACAAAAGUGUCUCAAAGAAGGCCAGUGAAAGAGUGUUACUGCAUUUCUCAGAUCUCCGGAAGAAAUCAGCCUCCAAACGAGCCUGUGGAAAAAAAGUAUUCGCCUCAUAGCCACCCUGAAGAGCUGGUGGAAAUUUAUUGCGCCGGAAAUGCAGAAACAGGAAGGAAUUCGCUCGUUGCAACAUUGCUUGGGUACGAGACGUUGAGGAGAGCCGACAGAAUAACUUAUCUACCAAACUCAGAGUUCCUUCGACGAGUGCAGAAAAAAGUGCACUGCCACAGGCGGAAAAAGUCUCUGGGGAUGUGCUCGGAUCUCUCAUCGAGCCUUUCCUCCUUCGAUUCCAGAGAAACUCCCAACGAGAAAGCAUUUCUUGCUAAAAUUGAGCAUCCGGAAAGAACAAACAUUAGAAAAGUAGAAAAAAUUGAUAUUAAAAAAGAUAAAAAAAUGGUGCCCGUGGAGGAGCAGAAAGGUGCAAGAAUACGAAACCCGGAACCUGCGAAAUCAUUGAGAUCACACUCACUAGAAAACUCUGUUCAGUCAAGAAAGAAUGAAAAAAAAGUGCAAGUAGCGAAUAUACCAAAGGCAAAGUCGAAAGAGAGUACGAAGAAAACCGAACGUUCCGUCAAUGCGGUCAUUGAUGAGGUACCGAAGAGCCGAAAAGUCGUACGAACCAUCUCGGCUCACAGUCGAUGCUGUAAUCCAAAAAAAGAGUCCCGAAAUUCAAGAACAGGAAAGAACGAAGCAGAAAAAGAGCAGUUGGGUAAACGGAUGAAUGAGCCGAGUGGCGAUCGCGAUUCUAAAACUCUUCAAUGCCCAGAGAUGAGUCGAGAAAAUCGAUGGCAAUUGUCCCGCGAUCGUAUUCACUUAAAGACAGGAGAUAGCGAGGAGAGAGUAAGAGAAUUGAGCAAAUUUCGUCGCGCAAAUUAUUUCGAAACCCAUGGCUCGGUCGACACUCUCGUUGGAAGCUCGCGAUCGUCCAUGCUGACUAUAAAUCCGUGUGAAUUUAACGAUCGAUUGUUCGCCGCUCCACGCUCCUCGGGAAGGAACGUCAAACGUAUUCACUAUUAUCCCAGCUACGUGGUCAGAGAGGAAAGACUCGCCGAUGAUGCUUGUUCUACAAAAAAAAUACGUUCACGUAGCUGCGAUCUAAUCGGACACGUCGUAGAUCUUGGAAUCUUAAAAAUACCAUGCGAUUUUUCAAAUAAUAUUUUUCACAAUUGCCACAGACGAAGCGACAAUGACGAAUGAACACGAAACGUGGAUAUGAAAUAAAGAUAACUCUGAACAGUAAGAAAAUAAGUUUCAUUAUUAUGCUCAAUCGACUUCGUCAGAGUUCUUGAAUUUUUAGGUUUUUUUUAAAACUAAAUAAAUAGAAAAUUCUUUGAAGCAACCUCA